GCCAUGGACGCAUUCAGCCAGCUUAUCUUCACCAUCUCGGUGACCAGCUUCUUCACCUUCCAGUGGCUCUUUCACAAAGUCAGCCCGUGGAUGUCGACGCGCAUCAGCCCGGGUUUCCUGGGCCUCAGCGACAAGCAGAAGGUGGAAUGGAACUCAAGGACAGUCUCUACUCUUCACGCUCUGGUCGUGGGAAUCUUUUGUCUUUACAUCUUGUUCUUCGAUGAAGCCGUCAACAAAGACCCAGUCUGGGGAGAUCCUACUCUAGUUAAGACUAAUGUUGCCAUUACAACAGGCUACCUCAUAUCUGAUCUGUUGCUAAUAUUUUACUACUGGAGGGCCAUAGGAGACAAGUUUUUUGUAGUGCACCAUCUGGCAGCGUUGUAUGCUUACUACUAUGUACUGGGCCAAGGCAUGUUGCCUUAUUUUGCUAACUUCCGCCUGCUCGCCGAGUUUUCGACGCCAUGCGUGAACCAGCGCUGGUUCUUUGAAGUUCUAGGUUACCCGAGAACCUCUCGACCCAACAUGGCGAACGGCAUGGCCAUGGCUCUGGUCUUUUUUAUGGUGCGCGUGGCCGUCAUGCCCGUCUACUACGGCCGCAUGUACUCGGUCUACGGCACCGAGGCGUUUUACCUGGUGCCCUACGGCGGACGCCUAGCGUGGAUCUGCUCCAGCAUCUGCUUGGACAUCAUGAACAUCAUGUGGAUGCACAAGAUCGCCCGCGGCUGCUUCAAAGUGUUGCAGUCGGCACGUCGGAGCAAAGCCGGCAGACCUCACGAGAACGGGAAAGCCGACUAA